GGGCGGGACGUUCCAUCUGUCCUCCCGCAGAGGGGGAGGGGGAGCGGCUUCCGCUUUCCGUGCGGUUGUCGGUGGCGGUAGAGUGCGGGGGACAGCGAGGAGCCCCCCCCUGCUCCGGCCGCGCUGUGGUUCGUCCCAGCCGUCCCCGGAGGGACAGGGAAGAGGGACGGGGACGGCUGAGGGGGCGAGAGCGGGGAGACCCCCGGGAGCGGCGCUGAGAGGGCUCCGGGAGGAAACCCUCGGGAGUGGGGGGCUGCCAGGGGCACCAGGAGCAGGGGAGACCCCCGGGAGCGGCACUGAGGGGCUCCGGGAGGACAUUCUCGGGAGCGGGGGGCUGCCAGGGGCACCAGGAGCAAGGGAGACCCCCGCGGUGGGGUUUGCAUGGGGCUCCCCUUGGAGAGGGGUGAACGGUUCCUAGAGGGUUGUGGCUCUCACACACACACGCACACACACACACCUGGGCCAGGUGGGUGCCAGCAGAGAGCAGAAGCUGAAGGGCUGAGGGCUUGAGUAACCUGGGGUCUGCAGCACCCAGAGAGGGAAGAGUGAGGGGCCCUGGCUGCCCCUCCGCAGGUGUGUGCCGGGAUGAGCUCCCCUGGCGGGGCCAGCAGCGCCUUCCCCCUGCACGUCCUGGUGUGGAAUAACGACUACAGGCGGCUGGACGAGGAGCUGCAGGAGCAGGACGUUGACCAGCGGGAUCCACGGGGCAGGACCUUGCUGCACUUGGCUGUUUCCUUGGGUUACAUCGAGUCUGCCAAGGUCCUCCUGCAGCACAAGGCAGAUGUGACCAAGGAGAAUGCACAAGGAUGGACGGUUUUGCACGAGGCUGUCAGCACAGGGGAUCCAGAGAUGGUCCAGCUGAUCCUGCAGCAUCGGGACUACCAGCAGACCUCCAUGACCCUCGGAGGAGUUCCUGAGUUACUGCAGAAAAUUAACGAGACUCCUGACUUUUAUGUGGAAAUGAAAUGGGAGUUCACUAGCUGGGUGCCCCUGGUUUCCAGGGUGUGCCCGAGCGACGUGUGCCGCAUCUGGAAGAGCCGGGCCAAGCUGCGUGUGGACAUCACCUUGCUGGGCUUUGAGAACAUGAGCUGGGAGAGGGGCAGGAGGACUGUCAUCUUCAAGGGAGAAGACACUGGUGGCUGGGCAGAGCUCAUUGAGAUCAACCACGAUGACAAGUUUGUUACAACAGAGAGGUUUGAGAUCUCCCAGCACAUGAAACGUUUGACUUUGGGAUCGAUGACGCCCAAGAGGAAAGAUGUGGAGAGGCGCCUCACAUCCCCAAUCAUCAGCACGUGCCUUGAUACCAAAAACAUUGCUUUUGAAAGAACCACAUCUGGAUUCUGGGUAUGGAGGACAGAAAAAUCAGAAGGUGUCAAUGGUUAUGAAGCCAAGGUCUACACAGCAAACAACGUGAACGUGAUCACACGGAUCAGAACAGAGCAUUUAACAGAAGAGGAGAAGAGAAGAUAUAAAGCUGAUAGGAGCCCUCUGGAAUCAUUCCUGGGGACAGUGGAGCAUGAAUGUGGUGCUCAGAGUACAUCCAGGACUACAGAAUAUGCUGCAACCAACAAUCCCACUGCUAUUACUCUGGAGGAAUACUUCAACCCAGAAUUUGAUUUGAAAGGCAGAGACAUAGGAAGACCAAAGGAAGUCACUGUUAGAACACAGAAAUUUAAAGCAACCUUAUGGAUGAGUGAAGAGUUCCCCUUGUCUCUUAUGGAACAAGUCACUCCAAUCAUUGACCUGAUGGCCAGAACCAGUGCUCAUUUUGCCAGACUUAGGGAUUUCAUCACUCUGGAAUUUCCACCAGGAUUUCCUGUCAAAAUCGAAAUUCCCCUGUUUCACGUGCUGAAUGCUCGAAUUACCUUUGAAAAUGUCAACAGCUGCAGGACAGCUGAGAGAGCCUCUCCUGGAGGUGCACAGAGUGAUGCAGGUGCUAAUUUCGAGGUUGACCAGUCGGUGUUUGAGAUCCCCAAAUCCUACCACAUCCAGGAUGAUGGCAGGAACAUCCUCGUGCAGGAUGAGGACAAUGAGAUCAUGCAGUUUGCCAUCCAGCAGAGCUUGUUGGAGUCUGGUGCAAAUAAAGACCUGGAGAUGCUUUCCAAUGGAGCAGUUGCAUAUUCCUCAGACUUCAACAUGCAGUAUCAGAAGGCACUUCAGGAGAGCUUUCUGUCAAGAUCAGGGAACUCCCACAGCAGCAGCUCCAGUGAAGCCUCCAGCUUUGAGAAGGACUUGCAGCUUGCCAUGGAAUUGUCAGUGAGGGAGCAGGAGGAGCAGGAGAAGCAGCGUCAGGAAAAGGAAGAUGCAGAGCUUCAGCAAGUCUUACAGCUCUCUCUUGUGGAAAAAUAACUCCUAAGUGACCUCCUGAAGCAGGGAUUACCAAAUCUGUGUAAAACUGGAGAUUGUCAGAGCUGUCAGUCUGAAGACCACUCCUGGAUUGCUUAAGGAAACAUUUUACUGCCUUCUAAGUUGGCAUCAGCUGCAAAAACCUGAUUUAUUUUUGUUUGGAGGAGUUGUAGAUCACAGGACUCCACAUCUGGCUCCCCAACCAUGCAGUCUUAGCUUUGAAGGAAAUGUUUUUAUCUAAACUUAUUUAUUGAAGAGCAGAUGGAAAUUUUGCUUUGCAUCAGGAUGUAGGAUUGCAGUAAAGCUUGAAAGCCUGAUUUAUGGGGAGUUCAGGAGGAAAACUUCAUUACUUACCAAAGAAAAACUCAUCUGCUUCAUUAUUUCUUAAUAAUUCAAUGCCAUUGCCUGUUUUUCCAGCUGUUCCAUGGGAGAGCAUCUCCCUGCCUAUACACACAGAAUAGUUCUUCAUGCUGACAGAUGUUUUCUGUUAGUUUUGUUUAGAUAUGGUUAUCUCUCCUCUAGUUAUUGAGAUUUUUGGCUUAAGAGGGAUAAUUUUAUACUUGAACAGCUCAUCCAAGCUCCAGAUUAAACUAGUGCUUUCUGAAAAAGGACAAAACAAGUAGCCAGUAACAUUUUAGAUGCUGAAAUGGGACCAUCUGUCCAGUACAGCAGCAGUUUCUGCAGUGAUUCCAAACCAGCUCUUUCCCCUGCUCAGAGGGCAGCAAGAAAUUAAGGGAUAGAUACAGGUGCUUCUUUGGGAUCUCUUGGUGUGCAUGGCUGAGUGUGGGUGCUAAAUGCAGCCAGGAAAAGAAUUCAGGGGAGAUUUCCACGUGUCCUUAUUGGAAGAGAAGUUCAAUUCUGCAAGGGAAACGUGUGUUGCUUUUUAAAACCCCAGCGGCUUGUCCUCCAUGUGAAUACAUCUAUUUUUUUACCUGAAUAUUUUUAUUGAUUUUUAAACCAAACCACUAGGCCUACACUCAUCAAACUGGUCUUGUAACGAUUCCUAGGUCUGUUUUAACCAGCUUUCCUCAGGUUUUUUGGCCAUACAGGAUCUUUGUAGCUCUUUUAUCUGCACUCCUCUCGGUGUUUACAGUACUCACACUGUGACUCUCAAGUGCACUCCACAGGUACACGAUGAACAGCCACAGGAAAGCCUUACACUUGUUAAAUGUGAGCAAUAUCCCUCUGCUCUGCCUGGCAGGGCUGGAGGAACCUUUGGUACAGCUGCUCUUGAGCUUGCUCCUAACGUUGUUCCUGUUCCUCAGGCUGAACAGGGCAGUUCUGGGUGACCAACUAUUAAUUAAGCAAUGUAAAAUCACUCUAAAAUGGACUUGAUCAGAACCAGUGGGGCAGUUGGAACCCUAUUUUAAACCAAUAAUCCAUUGUUUUACAUAGGAAAUGAUUACAAUUCCUUCAGUGUACACUAGGACUGGCCUCUCCACACUGGGUUUGUUGUUCCCUGGCACAACCUGCAUCCCUGAAAACAGCUGCUGGAAAUGGGGACUGUCCUGCACAGGGGCAGUGGGCUGGGUUGGGAUUUCUUUCUUUGCAAAAGGGGAUUCCUGUGGCUGUCACAGUUGGGAGAAGGGAAGAGGCCUCGUGUUGAGCUCCUGACAAGGGUGGGAGGCAGGAGAUGGAGCUGUGGGCAUUCCUCCAGUGGGAAUAAAGAGUGCUGUUGCCUUUACAAACCCGCCUGCCUGGCAUUGCCUGUCUUCUGCUAAGCUUUUCAAAGGUUACAAGAGGGGUAAAAAUAGCAUUUUUCAAGCUGACUUGUUCUGGUUUUAUAUUUAAACUAAAGAACAUUGAGCACUUUCAGUUAAAGUUCUGUUACGCUCCUGCUUCUUAGUCUGGGACUGUAAAAUAAAUUGGAUUAGCUUU